GGCUGCAACCUUUUCAGGUUUCUUUCAGUAGUGUGCAUCUGAGAGUCUGCUGAGAAAUGAUGGGAAGUUUGCCCAGCAAAGGGAAAAGUGUCUCCAGCCCAAGCUCCAACCCCAAUUCCUCUGGUAUGGGCCAGGGACCUGUGUCCACACAAGCAGAGAGAAACAAGGUCACAGCUGUGGCCCUGGGCAGUUUCCCAGCAGGUGAGCAGACAGAACUGUCACUGAGACUUGGGGAGCCACUGACCAUCGUCUCUGAGGAUGGAGACUGGUGGACAGUCAUAUCGGAAGUCUCAGGCAGAGAGUACCACAUCCCCAGUGUGCAUGUGGCUAAAGUCUCCCACGGGUGGCUGUAUGAGGGUCUGAGCAGAGAGAGAGCUGAGGAACUACUCUUGUUGCCUGGGAACCCCGGAGGGGCCUUCCUUAUCAGAGAGAGCCAGACCAGGAGAGGCUGCUAUUCCCUGUCCAUCCGGCUCAGCCGCCCUUCAUCUUGGGACCGGAUCAGACACUACAGGAUACAGCGCCUUGACAAUGGCUGGCUAUACAUCUCACCACGCCUCACCUUCCCCUCACUGCAGGCCCUGGUGGACCAUUACUCUGAGCUGGCGGAUGACAUCUGCUGUGUCCUCAAGGAGCCCUGUGUCCUGCAGAAGCUUGGCCCACUACCUGGCAAAGAUAUACCUCUACCCGUGACUGUGCAGGCGGCAUCACUCAACUGGAAAGAGCUGGACAGGUAAAGGGACACGCUGUUUUUGGAAGCACCUGCCAGUGGGCAGGCAUCUCUUCUCAGUGAGGGGCUCCGAGAAUCUCUCAGUUCCUACAUCAGCCUGACUGAGGAUAACUCCUUGGAUGAUGCCUAGUCCAAGCAGAAAGCGAAAGGGUACCGAGGCCGCGUCACCUAAGACUCCAACUCAGCUGAACCCGAUGCAGCACCUUAGAGGCAAGGCUGUGAAUGUGUGAACGCAGACAGGGUUGGGCUGGGAGGCAGGCACAUCCAGGGUUCCACCUGGACCUUCUGCCCCUUACUCUCUAGACUGUAAGAAGUCAUUUAUCUCCUCCCAAGGCCUUCAACUCCUAGUCCAUGUGCAACGCAGUUCAAAGCAGGGGCAUAAAUUACUUCUGAGGUUUGGCAAGUCAGUUCCUGAGAAGGAUGUCCAGUAGGAUUGCUGUGUCCCAUCCCCCAUUGUGACUGCCCAUCAGCCCUACUGAGGCAGAGAUCACCACUAGCAUGGAGAGAAAAAAUACUAGGGAAAUUUACAAGACUGAACAAGAAUGCAAACACAUUUCAGAUGGUAGGAUGGCUCAGAAAGCAGAGCACUUGAUGGGUUACCACAGCAGCCUCCACCUCAUCCAAAGUACAGCAAGACCAACAAUCUAGAUCUUCCCAUGAUCCCUCAUAUCAAGUUUCCCUUUCAACAGCCCAGCUCUCAGAUCUCUACUUCACUUAGCGUCAACCCAAACACAGCCCAGUCAUACCCCACCCAGUCUUGCCAUCUGGUGGCCAAACACAAAAUGCACUGUUUAUGUCACCUAUCUCAGUGCUGGGCCAGGACAUCAAACAGUAGACCCUCUACCCUCUCUGCAAUGUUAACACCAAGGCACUAACCAUCACCUACUCCAGCUCCUCAUUUCUCUGACAGCCCAAAAGAGAAAGAGGCCUAGCCGAAGCUGCUAUGGGAGCGGGGUGGUGGUGGUACUGUGCCUGACACUCCUACUAGGUUCCGAGGGUACAGGUGUGUAAGCGAGG